CACCCCGCGCAGAGCCGCCGGGUGUCAUUCCGCCGGGCUGUCACUCCCUGCGCUGGCAUGUACCCUGCCCGUGGCUUGUAAGCUGGCGACCUAAAGCUCCCAACGCGGCCCUGCCCGAUGGCGGCGGCGGCGGCGGCCCUGGCAGCGGCCGAUCACCCUCCAGCACAGCCGCCGGCGGCCGGAGCCGCAGGACCCACAGCCCGCAGAGACUUCUAUUGGCUGCGCUCCUUCCUGGCAGGAGGUAUUGCAGGAUGCUGUGCCAAAACAACGGUAGCCCCUUUGGAUCGAGUAAAGGUUUUAUUACAGGCUCACAAUCAUCAUUACAAACAUUUGGGAGUAUUUUCUACAUUGUGUGCUGUUCCCCAAAAGGAGGGAUACCUUGGACUGUACAAAGGCAAUGGUGCGAUGAUGAUUCGAAUCUUUCCUUAUGGUGCAAUCCAGUUUAUGGCAUUUGAACAUUAUAAAACGUUAAUUACUACAAAGCUGGGAGUUUCUGGUCAUAUACACAGAUUAAUGGCUGGAUCCAUGGCAGGUAUGACAGCAGUUAUCUGUACUUAUCCUCUUGAUAUGGUUAGAGUACGCCUAGCAUUCCAGGUGAAAGGGGAACACACAUAUACAGGAAUUAUCCAUGCAUUCAAAACAAUUUACGCAAAGGAAGGUGGUUUCCUUGGAUUUUACAGAGGUCUGAUGCCUACUUUAUUAGGAAUGGCUCCAUAUGCAGGUGUUUCAUUUUUUACUUUUGGUACUUUAAAGAGCGUUGGACUUUCCCAUGCUCCUACCCUUCUUGGCAGACCUUCAUCAGACAAUCCUAAUGUCUUGGUUUUGAAAACUCACAUAAAUUUACUUUGUGGUGGUAUUGCUGGAGCAAUAGCACAGACGAUAUCCUACCCGUUUGAUGUAACUCGUCGGCGAAUGCAAUUAGGAACUGUUCUUCCAGAAUUUGAAAAGUGCCUCACCAUGAGGGAGACUAUGAAGUACGUCUAUGGGCACCAUGGGAUUCGGAAAGGAUUGUACCGCGGUUUAUCUCUUAAUUACAUUCGCUGCAUUCCUUCUCAAGCAGUGGCUUUCACAACAUAUGAGCUUAUGAAGCAGUUCUUUCACCUCAACUAAAAGCUAUUACCAUUUCUUUUCCAUAAUAAACUCUCAGAGAGAGAAAUAAAAUGUUUACUUUAAUUGGGGGGUGAGGGAAGAGAAAUAUUUACCCUGUCACAAGAACCACUGGCGUUUUAGUACUUGAUUUUUUUUUUCAUUAUAAAUCCAAAAUGCUUACUUUUUAAUGCCCAAAGUCAUACCUAAGAACACUGAAAAACAAUUCCUAGGCUGAUGCUGGUUAAUCAGUUAUUGAAAUCAUUUUUUAAUAUGUUUUUCACAAAAUGUUUGAAAUUAUUUGGAAGUUAAACGAACUGCAAAAUGGCAUUUAAAAGGUUGCUACUAGCUUAAUCAUGUUAUUCCAAGCCUUUAAUUGUAAUCAUGAUUUUCAAAGACUAACUUUACUUAAUAUUAUUGUAACAAUAGACAUGGUUAUAUUUAGCACAGUGAUGAAAACUGAACUUUUUAGGGUAGAAGCUAGCAUUGAAGUAUUAUCUUUUUUCCAUAAUUCUGUUCUACUACACAAACGAACAAACACUUCAUUGUAAAAUAAAAUGGAUAUUAUAUCUCAAAUACAAUUAUGUAGCGACUCAUAAAUUUAAAAAAAUAUUUUUCAGAUUUUACUCUGUACUGUGAAUGAUUAAAAAAAAUUUUUUUAAAUGUGUAUUUCCCAAAGGUAGUAAUAAUACUGAGUACCUUUGCUCCCAAACCAGAUUAGCAAUAUAGAUUUGUUUUACUUAGGUGAUUAUGUAUGUACUAGAACAUUUAUUUAAAUGGAUUUUGAAAUGUCCAUUAAUAGAGAUGUGAAUAUCAAAGAAUGUUUUUAAGGUAUUAUGACAUAAUGCAUCAACUAGUUCUUCCAUGUAAAAUAAUUUUAGUGCAGUAUAAACAAGCAGAAGUGUCAAACAUGAACUGAAUUGCUGUUUAUAUUGAUAUGAGUUAAGAUGUAAGAAUUUCAUUUAGUGUUUUUAGUGUACUUUUUAUAUUUUAUUAUGAGCUUGACAGAAGGGGAACAUCCCACAAUGAUGACAUCAAUAACAAUAACUACAACAAUAAAACAACAAAGGGCUACAAAAGUGAAUAAAUAUUAAAAAAAAGGGGGAACAGUUAUAGUUACGUCCUAAGAAAUAAGGAUUGAAAAAAAAAGAUAGAAGGAUUGACAGAAGCAAUAUGAUUUCUAAGACAUUAGUUGAAAGUGUUAUUUCUGCUUUAAUUUGUUUCUUUGCAUAAAAGAUUUCAUACGUUGGUAAAAUCGUUUCAUUUUUAAAGUCUUUAUUUUAAAAUAAAUAUGUCUUUGUCUGGUUUCUGUGUGUACCUGCAGGUAGAAAUAGCUGUGUUCCUGAGACUAUUUUGUAUAUUUUCAUUUCUGGGCUACACUGUAGUAUUGUAGUACAUUGUAGUAUUGUAGUACACUGUAGUAUGUUAGCCACAUUUCUAAAUAAUUUAAAUGUAUAAAGUAAGUUUCUUAGUUAUGUUAUCAAUAAGAGCAUUACAGAUAUUUUUUAAUGAAAAUUUGCAUUCUAUGUUGUGGAAUAUAUCAAAUACUAAAAGUAAAAUGUAUCCAUAUUUCCACAGUUA